GACUUUAUAAAUACAUCUACUUUCACUUUGCUCUGCCACUUUGGAUUAAGAAGUCAGUGCUUGCGUGAAUUCAGAUAAGAGACACACAAGAAAACAAAUCGCCUCUGGAUACAAAGGAAUUUGCAUGGAACAUAAGAUUACGAGUUUGUGAAGUUGUUGAGAGAAAUAAGCUGCUAAUGGCUAUGCCAACAUUCGGGAUAUUUACGUGGUGUUUUGAGAAUGAGGUUUAAUUUCAAUCAAAUAGCAUAUUUCAUAUUGUUUUGUUACCUGAUUGUAUCAGGUUUUACAGGAUACAUAAUUGUGAGAAAUAAACUAUGGAACGAACAAGUACUGAAGGCAAAGUACCAGCGCUUGACAGAAUUGGCCACAGAGGAUCGUGCUUGGAACCCCUGGGGCGAGGAGUUUGAUGAUGAAGAGAUAGUACCUUCCUACCACGAGCCUCCAAAGAUCUCCUGGAACUUGGAGCCGGGGAGGUCACCCUCGCAGAACAAAGCAGAGAAUGCCAGCAGUAGAAUCUUCAAUGUGGAGGUGUGGGGAAAGGCAGCCAUUGGCCUGUAUCUAUGGGAACACAUCAUGGAGGGACCACUAGAAGAAAAGAUGGAGGGUGUUUGGAGCUAUGGGACAAAGACGGUCAACAACAUCAAGUUUACAUUCAGGACAGGACCAGGUGUGGUGCCCGGCGAAGUUCCAAAAUCAACAGAGAACCUGCUACUUAUUUUGAAUGGCAGGGAACCGGAAAAAGUCAACUUUGCAGAAUCCUGGAUUGCCUCCCUUGACUCAUUACCCCACUUGCAGAAUGUAGGCCUAGUGUUGCUAGGCAACGAACAGUGUAACAACAGCUGGCUACAUCGUCACAUGUCUUUCAAUGGUGGCCGCAUCAAGUUUGUCUUUCUUGUCUAUGAUUCAGCGGAGAUUGAUGACACUCACUUUUUUCAAUGGCCGCUUGGUGUUGCCACUUAUAGAGAUUUCCCUAAAGUGGACAGCUCCGUGCUUCCUGUACAUGUCAAGCGUAAAUAUUCCUGCAACUUCCUGGGCACAGUCUAUAAAAACUCAUCCAGAGAAACCCUUAUGAAAAUUUUAGAGGGAGAUUUCUUCAGAGAGCGAUGCUUCAUCAAGCCCAGAUACAGUUGGGUGCCAGAGGAGUCAGCCAGUUCCCGUGACGACUACGUUCAAGCAAUCUCCCAGAGUGAUCUCACACUGAACCCUGCUGGUCAGAAUACUGAGUGCUACAGGAUUUACGAGGCCCUAGCAUUUGGUUCAGUUCCAGUCGUAGAGGACAUUAUGACGCCUGGAAUUUGUGGGAAGUCUUCCAGAUCCCACGUCUUUCCGCUACGUUUGCUCAAAGAACAUAAUGCGCCUAUUGUUUACGUGAAACACUGGUCAGAGUUAAGCGCGCUGAUUGAAAACGAGAAAAAACUUAGACACAGUGAUAGGGUCAACAGAAGAAGAAAUAUUUUACUUUGGUACGAGAAUUUUAAAAUCGGUAUGAGAAAGAAGUUGAUUACUGUUUUAAGUAAACACUUUUUUGGUGUAGAUAGAUAGCAGGGAAAUAGUCCCAUCCUCUCUAUAUGCAGUUAUUAUGUUAUUUAUACUGUGAUGACUGGUUCAUUAUUUAUGAUCGUGAGUUUAUGCGCUAGAUUCAUCUGUAAAGAAUUGCGUUUUUAUUAAAUAACGGCUGAUUUGUCAUUAUGUUAGGGCACAUUGAAUAUACAUGUGUAACCAAUUGUAUUUUCAUGUAUAGCUCUUUCAAACAUUCUUUUUUAUCUGGACUUGUCAACAAAAACCCUUCUUGUAGAUAAGCAAAAACGCUAGUUAGUUUGCAGACAAGAGAUGGCAACCUUAGCUCAAUAUAAAAUAUUUCUUGGGCCAUUCACUCUUAAACCUAUUUGAAGAUUGUGAAAUUAUGUAAACAUUAAAUAUAAGGUGAGUAAAUAAUUUGAAACAAAUUUGUUUAUGUAAAUAUUGAGUUUAAUCUUGAAAAAACUUUAUUUUUAUGUUCCUUUGUGGGUCCUGUCCAAAAUAUCAAUACAAUUCAUCAACUUGAUAUGCUAUAGUAAUAAACUUUUUUUGCAUAAAUAAAUUUCAAAAUGGCCGACUGGUGUCAAUCUUCGAAUUUAUUUUGGGCCAUUUGGGAUAAACAUGUACACUUAUACUACUGAUACAUUGAGUUGCUGUUUUUAUUCGAUGUGUAUGAUACUUGAUUUUUAAAAUGAUUUGAAGCAAACAAUUUCUGCCAGUUUAGAUGUUUUUUCUUGUAAUAACAUAAAAAUGAAUUUCAUGUUUGUAUGAAAUUUUAUGUUCAGUUUUAAUAGUUUAUUGUAAAUUGUGUAGUCAUAGAAUUUUAAAGUUGCAUCAUGAUUUUAAAACUCUAAAAUACUAAGUGCAGAAAGAUAUGGACAAUGCUGAUUAUUUUUUGAUCUGCUAUGACCCUAACCCCACAUUACAAUGAUGGCAUAGCCAUAAAUGUUUUCCCAGUUCGUGUGUGUGUGUGGACGAAGGGGGCAUUGCAGUCAGACCAAUGUGACAAAAAAAUUUACGAUGCAUGAAAAACAUUCAAGCAGUGUUAUUUGCAAUUUCUGAUCAGAAGUUUUUUUAAUGUUCCUAUGUAAAACGUAUGUGUUGAUAAAUACUGAAACAAAUGUCUGACAAUAUCCCAACCAAAUCAGACUAUGCUUCUGACAAGUUCUUCCCACGUUUCAUGGAGUCUGCAUGUAUCUUGUAUUUUCCUUCUUUAUAUUUUCUUAACCAAUUGCGAUUAAUUUUUCAAAUUAUGUUUUGUACGAGCAUUCAUUUCUGUGUCCAAUGACAUAGCAGGCCUAUUUUGUAUGGACACAUUCCUAGUUAAAUUUAAUUCUUAUUGAAUUUCUUUGCAAGUAAUUGUACAUAAGUAUGUACCAUGUAUAAGUAACUUUUAUUUGACAUGGAAUGGAAUUGUAUGCUUUGCAGUAUUAUUCCAGUGUUUGAAUACAGGUAAAAUAAUGUGAUAAACAAGAAUUUUCAUUUUGUUAACUGUAAAAUGUUACAAUUUUAUUUUUGUAAAUAAUGUGAGGAACAUAAAUUGUUAUUUGUUAACAGUAAUAAAAUGUUAUAAUAUU